CUUUACCAUGCAAUGGAUAAUAGUGAGGUACAGCAGAUUUUGAUGCACUCGUACGCCAUUCUCGUGGCAAGCAGUACUAGAAUUUUUAUUUAUUUCUGGGGCCCUUAUGAUGAUGACACGAUAUUCUAGGUAUCCUGGUGUAUGACCAUAUAGCAACCCUCACAGAUGAAAUCACUUUCAUCUGGUAUCGCCCGAAAGCACUAUCUGCAAUGUUAUUUUUGCUCAAUCGCUAUGCCGCUCUGCUCGGAAAUACGUAUGCCUUAUGGAUCACUUUCCUGCCUGUUCCAGAAGAGCUGUCCGAAGUAUUUCCUGUCCAGAGAACUCCUCGUUUUUUGUCAACAAUUCAUUGUUUGCUUCAUCUUGAGUCUUCGGACUUAUGCUCUCUACGGCCGUAGCAAGCGCCUGCUGGUUUGGAUGGUAGUGGUCAUCAUUGCUCUCGCAGGAGUAGCUUCUGUGGGAAUAUUUGGACAUUUCCCCAGCACUGUGGUCGUCAUGCCAGGAGUCAUCUGCUACGAAUUAGAUGUGACAGCGACACCAGCCAGUCCCGGGCUGGCAUGGGUUUACAAGAUGCGGUCACAGUAUUUAAUAAUAUCCAGGAAAAAUAUCAUCGGCAUCAUAUUCCAAGAUGGCGCUAUAUAUUUCGGAGCGAUGACACUAUCUAAUAUACCGAACAUCCUAAUGUUCUACCGCGGUUCAGAUAUCGACAAAUUCAGCCUUGCCAUAUUUACUAGCUGCAUGUCCGUGACUCUCAUAUCACGACUGAUGCUCAACUUGCACAAAACUAUCGACUCUGGCAUUCUCACCACUCUUGUCCAGGAUGAUAACCAUGAUUCCUAUAUACUUACUACCAGGGUAUCUAUCCACGCACAGUCCUUGAUUACCUAUUGAGAUAUUGUGUCGAGCCUGCGUGUCUGUACUUCACAUAUGAUACCUGAGGCCUAAACACUUAUAUUGUGAUUGCAAAUGCGUGCCGUAGUAAGUAUCAAGCCGUUUAACG